GACGAACGUCAGCUUUGUGUUCAAUCGCGAUAUUUCUUUUCGAUCAAGCUUCACUUAUUAGCAUAACACGUUUCAUUCAAGAUGGCCGGUAAAUUCGAACCUAAAACUCCUGUUACGCUGAACCCGCCAAAGUACGAUCCUAUUUCGCUGGAAGAACUUGCAAAAUGCAAUGGUUCUGAUAGCGACAAAUGCUAUGUUGCAAUCAAGGGCAAAGUCUACGAUGUAACGGGAAACAAAGCAUAUCUCCCUGACGGUGCUUACCAUGUCUUCGCUGGCCACGAUGCAUCCCGCGCUCUAGCUAAAACUUCUACUAAAGCUGAAGACGUGUCCUCGGAAUGGUUCGAUCUCGAUGAGAAAGAGAAGGGUGUACUUAAUGACUGGAACACAUUUUUCUCGAAACGAUACAAUGUUGUGGGACUCGUGGAGGGGGCGCAGAACUUGGAUCCAAAUGACAAAAUCGAGGGUGCAUCGAGUUGAAAGUUUGCGGACGCAUUAUCGAAGUUGUGAGGAUUGAACAGGUUGUGGCGUGCGAUUUAGACGUAACAUUGAAUUUAGCGAAUUAUGAUCGGAGCUUAGCAGGCGAAUCCAUUUUUCAUUCGGUCUUGCAGGAAAUACCUUGAGAAGUCACUUUGGCUGUUUAUCAUAUAAUUUCUAAUUUCUGGUGCUCUGAGAGCCAUCAUCACUUCAACUCGAUUGUUCCUGUACCCAAGUAUCAGAGUUGUAUACCUAGACAAACCCUCUGCGUUCUAUAAGUAUCUUUCCCUCUAUCAAGACAGCCUCUAUCUUUCCCCAUUGUUUCAGAUCAAGUUGAGUUUCUUUUUAGCCGAGCGGAAAUUAAGAAUCAGAAAACAUGCCCUUUCUUUCUCA